GUCUUGUAGCUCCACUCUCUGGGGGCUUGGAGCCCACUCCAUAGAGGAUCAUAUAAGAAGUGUUUAUGGUCCAGAUCUGGAAAUGGAGCACUUUACCCCCACCCACAUUCUACUGGCCAGAAUUCAGCCACGUGGCCACACCCACAUGCAAGGGAGGCUGGGACUUGUAGUCCAACUUCAGAAGAAGAGGCCAACUUGGCAAGUGGUGUACCCUGGCAGGGUCUACCUUGGCCACCAAGGACCUCCACGUCCCUAUAUCCAGUGCUCACUUCUUAAGCCUCACUUUACACCAGCUCUCAGCAACAUUGGGCAAUGUCGGCCAUCCCCCAUCUUUUUGAAACACUGUUUUUGGCAUCCUUACUAACUUUCUCUGGGUUUUCUCCAACACUCCUAGACGCUCCUCUCCCACCCUGAGCUUUCUUGUCUUCCUCUUCUCUCCCUGCACAAUCUCACUUUACCAGCUGCCUCGAUUACUGUCGCUUAUACUCAUGACCCCCAAUCUGUCUCCAGCCUGAUCCCCCUCCUGAGCACAAGACUCCUGGACAUCCUCACGUAGCUAUCUCAAACUCAACAUCCCCACUGUGAUAUCCUCUUCGCCCCAAACCUGCUCCUCCUCCUGGACUUCCCCUGCUGUGAAUGGCACCACCAUCAACCCAACGACUCAAGCAGAAACCUGGCACGGCUCCUGACAUCUUGCUUCCCCCUGCCACGGGCUCAGUCAUCGAGCCCCGCUGCUUCUACUGCCUAAACCUCUCAGAACUUCAUCCACUCCCAUGCGCAGCCAUGACCUCCACCCAAGUUCAAGCUACCAUCACCUCCUGCCUGGACGUCAACAGCCUCUGAAGCUCUGCCUGCCCUAACUGAUUCCCUACAAGGCUUCUCUAGGCUAGUGCUUCUGAAACUUGAGCUGCAUACAAACCACCUGGAGAGUCAGUUAAAGUGCAGAUUUCUGGGCCCCACUCCCACCGCACCCCCCAGCAAUCUAAUUCUGAUUCACUAGGUCUGGGGUGGGGCUCAAGAAUUUGCAUUUCUAACAAGCUCCUCUAAGGGCUUCCCCUGGAGCAACCCAAGCAAACGACGCGGACGCAGGUGCUGCCAGGAGGCCACGAGCCACGGAUGGUUAAGCGAUUAAAACAAAAUAAAUUUAAAACGCAAUUCCUCAGUAGCACUCGCCACAUUCCAAGUGCUCAGCAGCCGGGACGGCAGAAAGUUCUACUGGACAGCGUUGCCUAGGUCUUGAUGAGUGUUCUAAAAGUGAAGGCUGAUUCUAGGUCCCUCUCUUGCCCCGUAGGAACUCUGACGCUCGCAGUGCCUCAGAGCCCUCGCUUUUAGGAAGCAUGAAGGACGCCGGGAGCCGGGAGGAGGCAGACAUGCUCCUAAACCUGCAGACAGUGAAACCAUGUCGGAAAAGUGGGCGAUCUUCUGGGGCAGGAGGAGGGCCUAGAACUUUGAGCUCAUUGGCUGGUGGUGGAGGGCGGCUGCCAGUGCUUUCCUCUGAUUGGGUACUUUCUCUCGCGGAAAGCCAAUCCUGGAGGGCGGCGGGGGCGGGGCCAGGCUCGCCGCACAGGCCCCGCUGAGAGUUCCUGCGCCCACCCAGCUGGAGGAUGGCCCAGGAGGAGGGCGGAAGCCUCAGCGAGGCGCGUGCGCGGGUCGGGGCCUUGCACGGCAUCACCGACCUGGCCCAGAAGCUCCUCUUCUAUGACCGCUGGGCUCUGGACUAUGACCAGGAUGUGGCCGCCCUGCAGUACCGUGCCCCCCGCCUCGCAGUGGACUGCCUCAUGCAAGCCCUUCCGGGCCCGCCCAAUGCUGCCCUGAUCCUGGAUGUAGCCUGUGGCACUGGCCUGGUGGCUGCAGAGCUGCAGGCUCGGGGCUUCCUCCAGUUGCAUGGGGUGGAUGGGAGCCCAGCGAUGCUGGAGCAGGCCCGGGCCCGUGGCCUCUACCAGCACCUCAGCCUCUGCACCCUGGGUCAGGAGCCUCUGCCCAGCUCUGAAGGGACCUUCGACGCAGUGCUGAUGGUGGGUGCCCUCAGUGACGGCCAGGUGCCCUGCAGUGCGAUACCUGAGCUCCUGCGAGUUACCAAGCCAGGUGGGCUGGUGUGUCUGACCACCAGGACCAACCCAUCCAAUCUGCGAUACAAGGAGGCACUGGAGGCCACCCUGGACCGGCUGGAGCAGGCCGGGGCCUGGGAACGCGUGGUGGCCUGGCCGUGGACCAGUGGGAACUGGCCACCUCAGAGCUCGAGCUGGUGCCUGGCACUUCCAACAGUGAUGGUUUCAUCUCUGGCAUCAUCUACCUGUACCGAAAGCAGAAGGCAGCCCAGGUUGAGGGAGGGAGGCCCAGUCCCCAGUCCCCGGCUGGCCUCUGACUCUCUGUGUGGCCUCAGCCGGUCCAUGCUCAGGCCUCCUCUGCUUCAUCUGUAAAGUGGGCCACGGCACCAAUCCCGGCCUUCAGGAGAGCGCAGCCUAUUAAAUGAGACCCAGGAGGGAAGGCAGGACUCUGGCUCUGUGGAUCUCUUGCCCCAGGAAAGAGUGACCUCUGUCUCCAAGAAGGACAGAAUGAGAAGAGACAGGACAGAGGGGGCCCCCACCCUGGCCCGUCCCUAAGCCAGGCAUGCUAGGGCCACAGAUGUGACUUUAUGACUCCUCCGAGAGUCCCGGGCCCUCUCACCUCUGACUCACGGACCAGGAACCCAGGUAUCUGGGCCUCGGCCAAGCACUUUCACAUGUCCGGGACCCGGUCUCCUUGUCCCCAAAGGGAUCAGAACCCCGAGCUCAGGGUGAGGCUUGGAGACUGCCGUGAGCUGGGCAGGUAGAAGGGCUUUGGUGACUGUCAGCAUGAACAGGGGCCGUGGGAAGGCUUCCUGGGGGAGGCAGCUCUGAGCUAGAACUACAGGACAAGCAGGAUUCAGAGGGGUGGAGAAAGAAAAAAGGGCAUUUCAGGCUGAGGGCAGGGACAGCCUGAGCAAAUGCCAGGCCGUGGGACCUGGAGGGUGAGCAGACCAGCCUGGUUGCCCAGACAAAUCUGGACAACGACAGAGAGGGCAGGUGGCCCAUUCCCCAGGGCUGGGUCUCCCUCCUGGGGUCCCCAACACUUCCCCAGGCUCCUGGGUGCACACCGUGUCUCCUGUGUACGGGGUUUGCCCUCCAGCAAGUGAAGGCCUUGAACAAGGUGAUUCCAAAGGUCAAGCCGGUUCUAAUUUUUCUCAACUCCCCAAAACCGGUUUUUCAAGUGUUGCCAUCCUGGCCACAACCAGUGGUCCUCCCCUCACUGACCCCCUGCCCAGGCCUCCAGCCCGGCUCCGCCUAACUCCACAGCUGAAAUCAGAAACGAUACAGAGUCUUCCUGUGCACAGGUCCCAUUUAUUGUAGAAAAUAAUAGCAAUUACCGUGAUGAAUAGAUCUUAAAUUACAAAACAGAAA